AUCUAUAAUAAUUUUUAAUUCUAAUCUCUAAUCGUUUACCUCGAAUCGUUUAGCGGCUAAGGUAUAAUAUUAUGAACAAUUAUGUGUUGCUAAACAUUAUUUUAAGACAGUCAAGGUACUAUAUAGUAUUAUACAUUUAAAAUCAAGUAGUUUUCAAUAAAAUGGAUAAAUUUAUCAAAAAACGUAGUAUUGAGGAUACUAGGGUCAAGGAUGCAAACGUAAAGAUCAAUUUAUCAAAACAACCCAAAGUUAUACAAAAAGAACGCUUCAUCAAAGCAAACAAUGCGAAUUACAAUGCUCAGUUCAAUUACGCGACGAAUUACAUAAAAACAUCGAAGUACACUCUUUUAACGUUCUUACCGCUGAAUUUAUUCGAACAAUUCCAACGGCUAGCCAAUUUCUACUUCUUAUGCCUCAUGAUGCUGCAGAUGAUAUCGAUAAUCUCGUCGCUGACGCCCAUCACGACUUCAAUACCGUUGGUCGGCGUGCUCAUGAUUACUGCUAUCAAGGAUGCAUACGACGAUUACCAAAGGCACGUCAGCGACGAUCUGGUGAACAACCGUAUAUCGAAAACCGUCAGGAACGGUAGAGUGGUGGACGUCAAGUGGAAGGACGUGCAUGUCGGAGACAUGAUUUUGAUGGAAGACGGGCAGUUCGUGGCCGCCGACGUGCUGUUGCUCUCUACGAGCGAACCGAACGGACUGUGUUUCAUCGAAACCGCGGAACUAGACGGCGAAACCAAUCUCAAGUGCCGCCAAUGUUUGGCCGAACUGGGAGAUCUUGCUCACGAAGUUGUGAACUUUGACGGCUUCAUUCGGUGUGAAACACCAAAUAAUUUGCUCAAUACGUUUCACGGCGUUUUGCGGUGGAAUAAAAAAGAAUUGGUCUUAAACAACGAUCAUAUUAUCCUAAGAGGAUGCGUUCUGAAAAAUACAGAAUGGUGUUAUGGCAUGGUGAUCUUUGCUGGAAAAGAUACAAAGCUCAUGCAAAAUUCAGGAAAGUCAAAAUUCAAGCGCACGAACAUCGAUAAGCUGCUCAACUUUCUCAUUUUCGGGAUCGUGUUGUUUCUUUUUCUAUUAUGUUUGUCUUGCAUGAUCGGAUCCGUUUUUUGGGAAUACAAAACUGGUUGGGAUUUCCAAAUGUACUUACCUUGGGACUCGCUGGUGCCACCCGAUAGGUUGACCGGGUCAAUUACCAUUGGGACAUUGGUAUUUUUUUCAUACGCCAUCGUUCUCAACACAUUAGUGCCAAUUUCUUUAUACGUGAGUGUUGAAGUAGUACGUUUCGUGCAGAGCUUUUUCAUAAACUGGGAUCAAAAGAUGUACGACAAACAGUCCGGGACUGCGGCCAGAGCUAGAACUACGACGCUGAACGAAGAACUCGGACAGAUCCAAUACAUAUUUUCGGAUAAGACCGGAACGAUGACAAAGAACAUCAUGACGUUCAACAAGUGCUCGAUCAAUUGCAUCGUUUACGGGAAUCAAGACGAGGUCGCGUACGGGAAAUCCGACGAAGUGAUCAAGAACCACACGGAUAAACAGACGCCUUCCGCAAUCAUCAGAAGUUACGAUAACAAGCACUACGACAAAUUAGAGAGAGGUGCCCGAAGAGUAAUUAUAGAUUCCACGAUGCACUUGGUCGGACCUCCACCGGUCGAUUUCUCGUGGAAUCCCCAAUACGAAUCGGAAUUCCUGUGGUACGACCAAAGCCUGGUGGAUGCCGUCCGGCACCAGAACGCCGACGGAUCCGAAAAUCUAGCUCUGACGUUCUUCAAAGUGUUGGCCUUGUGCCAUACGGUUAUGCCCAGCUGGAAAAACGGCGAAUUGAAAUACCAAGCCCAGUCGCCGGACGAAUCGGCCCUGGUAUCUGCGGCCAGGAAUUUCGGUGUCGUGUUCAAGGAGCGAACUCCGAACACGGUGACGAUCGACGUCAUGGGCGAGACCCGAGUGCUCGAGCUGUUGUGCAUUCUUGACUUCAACAACAUGAGGCGCCGCAUGUCCGUGGUCUUCAGAGAAAACGGCAGGAUACGGUUGUACUGCAAGGGCGCCGACAGCGUAAUAUUCGAACGCCUGGAGCCGGGUAACGAAGAGUCAAAAAUCGCGUCUAUGCAACAUCUGAUGGAUUUCGCAGGAGACGGGUUGCGCACGCUUUGUUGCGCGGUCAGGGACAUCGAUGACGAGUUCUUCGAGUCAUGGAAACUCAAGUACGCGGCCGCUGCAGCUGCGCGCACCGAAAGGGAGCAGAGGCUCGACAGCGUCUACGACGAAAUCGAAACACAUCUAAAACUGAUCGGUGUCACCGCUAUCGAGGAUAAAUUACAAGACGCCGUUCCUAAGACUAUAGCUAAUUUGCUGUUGGCUGGCAUGUAUAUUUGGAUGCUCACCGGAGACAAACAAGAAACUGCUAUAAACAUUGGAUUUUCGUGUCAACUUCUGUCCGACGAUAUGGUACUGUGGGUAGUGGAUGGCCACACUCAGGACCAAGUCGAAAGUCAGCUCAACGAGUGUAUUGAUAUACUGUUAGGUGUUCCCGAUAGUCAACGGUCGAGAAGAAAUAGUAUGGCUACGAGUGUCGUAAGAUUUAGCGAACCGGAAAAUGUUAACAUGAACGACCAUGAUGACGACGACGACAAGAUGUAUGCGUUAGUCAUCAACGGCCAUUCGUUAGUGCACGCUUUACAUACUGAGCUUGAGAAAAAGUUUGUAGAACUGUGCGCAAAGUGCAAAGCGGUGAUCUGUUGUCGGGUGACGCCCCAUCAAAAAGCAAUGGUGGUGCAGCUGAUCAAAAAGUACAAGAAAGCCGUCACGUUGGCUAUCGGCGACGGCGCCAACGACGUGUCGAUGAUAAAAGAAGCUCACAUCGGUGUCGGAAUCACCGGUCAGGAGGGCAAUCAAGCCACGCUGGCCUCGGACUAUUCGCUGGGACAGUUUCGGUUUCUGGAGAGAUUGCUGCUGGUGCACGGCAGAUGGUCAUACUACAGGAUGUGUAAAUUCUUGCGAUAUUUUUUCUACAAAAAUGUCGCGUUCACUCUCUGUCACAUCUGGUUCGGGUUCUUCUGCGGUUUCAGCGCCCAGACAAUCUUCGACCCAUUUUAUAUAUCCGUGUACAAUAUGUUCUACACCGCUCUGCCGGUGCUGGCUAUCGGUGCCCUGGACCAGGACGUCAACGACCGUAAAAGCAUAAUGUACCCGAAACUUUACACUCCGGGAAUCCGAAACAUAUUUUUCAACGCCAAAGAAUUCUUCAAGUGCGCCGCUCUUGGAACGUAUGCUUCAAUAGUGAUUUUUUUCGUACCUUAUGGCGCCUAUUAUUACGGCAUGACCUCGAACGGGUUAAAUGUCUUGGACCACAUGUAUAUGGCUGAAGUCGUCGAAAUAAUCCUGGUCACGGCUAUGACGGCACAGGUGGCUUUGGAUACAUGUUACUGGACUUCUAUCAAUCACGUAGUCAUCUGGGGAUCUAUAGCGAUGUUCUUCAUAGCCGAAUGGAUCUAUAACUAUCUCAUAGGCGGAAACUAUGUUGGCUCCUUAGCAAUGGCAAUCAAACAGCCGACGUUUUGGCUGGUCAACAUUCUAGUGGUGGUCGUGAUCGUCGGUCCUGUGGUAGCUUGGCGAUUGUACUGCUUGGAGAUGAAACCUACGCUUACCGACAAACUUCGUGUGCUGCAGAUGAAACAAAAAAGACAAGUGUCAGAAUCAGAGACAAGACCAACUUCGUCUAUAAGGCAUAAGCGACGUUCCAUUCGAUCAGGGUACGCUUUUGCUCAUCAAGAAGGAUUCGGGCGACUUAUAACAAGCGGUAAAAUCAUGAGAACGUCGAGAAACAGUGAAGCGUUUAUUGACCGCAAAAGUUCAAUUAUAUCUGAUGUUACUGUAUGAUAUAAUAUUCGUUGUAAUAACGAUUAAAACAAUAUGUUUAUAUAAUUAUUUGUUUUUUUAUAUAUAUACAUGCAUGCCUGUUAAAUAUUUAAGAGUUUGUACAUAAGCUCUGAAAUUAGCUAACAAUAUUUUAU